AUGACUGACAAAGCAUCAGAUAGCUCCGACAUCCCCUCCGGCGCAUCGCCAUCCACCACCCCAAACUCCGCUCCAACAUCACACUUCUACCCCUUCGCAACCUCCCCAGACAUUAUACGAUCUCAUGAAAAGGACGCCUAUAUCAUCUCAACCCUAACGAACCAAUCACAAUCAAUUAUACGCUCCAUCAAGGGAGCUCGAUACGCCCACGGCAAUGCUGACACAAUCAAGAACCUGACGGAACUCCUCUAUUUCUCCCUCACGACGUUGAUCGGGAAUCGGACAUUGGGGGAAGAAUAUUGCGACGUUGUGCAGCUUGAGACUGAUACGUUACAAUUACCUUCAAUCGCGCGGAGGGCCGGGUAUAUUUUUAGCAGUAUUAUAAUCCCCUGGGUAUUGGGGCGAUCGUUACCUUCGAUACGGGCGAAGAUUCGAGCACGAUUAGAGCGAAGUAUAGCCAGAGCGCAGGCAAGGGCAGCGUUGAAAAGUACAUUGUUUCAAACUGAGAGUUCGAAGACGACAAAAAGGAAGAGUCAAUCAUUAUUCAACCCGCUGUGCAUUCAGGAAUAUAUACUCGAGCAUUUUGAUUCCUUGACUUCGCCUUCGCAUGUAUAUGCUUUGAGUCUGGCCACGUUCUACUUUACAGGUGCAUAUUAUCACCUGUCGAAACGUCUCUGGGGUCUUCGAUACGUCUUCACAAAACAAAUCGGCGAAAGCGAACAGCGGGUCGGCUAUGAAGUGCUCGGUGUCCUCUUAGUCUUACAAAUGACAAUACAAGGCAUAGUCCACGUCCGCAAAACCCUACAGCAACUUUCCCAAACCGAGAAACCUACAGCAACAGCAACAGUGUCAAAAGGAGGCGCACCGUUAUUCUCCGUCCAAAAUCCAGUAUCUAUCCCCACUCUAACCGCUACAAUGGCGCGGUACGAUCUCUCCGAAAACCCGCAGGCGAUUUCAUGGAUACCAGAAGGACAACACCAGAAGUGCACGUUGUGCCUUGAGCCGUUCAAGGAUCCUAGUGUGACUACUUGUGGACAUGUGUUUUGUUGGAUUUGUGCUAGGGAUUGGGCAGGAGGUUCUUCCUGCGAAGAUUUUGCCAGUGCGGGGUUAAUAUUUGGUAUUGGAGUAUAA